AUCUGGGUUGAGCCUGCCGCUGCCUUGGCUACCAGGCUCUUCAGGUGGCGGCGCUUGCAGUCGGGCUACGGAGGCCGGGUUGCCAGAUUACGGGAAAGCCAUUUAAGAAGUUCCUGGAAUAAUAUUAGUCAGAGUACUAUAGGAUCUGCAGGAAGUGCCUCAAGAUAGUUGGAAAAGAAGAAUUUCUAGACUCUUCAUCAAGAUCUUCAUUUAUACAGCUGUUAAAUCCAAGGCUACUGUGGUGAAAGCAUGAAUAAAAAUACAUCUACUGUAGUACCAUCCACUCUACUUGAAAAGGAUCCUGCCUUUCAGAUGAUUACAGUUACCAAGGAAACAGGCCUUGGCCUGAAGAUACUAGGAGGAAUUAACCGGAAUGAAGGCCCAUUGGUAUAUAUUCAGGAAAUUAUUCCUGGAGGAGACUGUUAUAAGGAUGGUCGUUUGAAACCAGGAGAUCAACUUGUCUCAGUCAACAAGGAAUCUAUGAUUGGUGUAUCAUUUGAAGAGGCAAAAAGCAUAAUUACCAGAGCCAAGUUGAGGUCAGAAUCUGCUUGGGAGAUAGCAUUCAUCAGACAAAAAUCUGACAACAUUCAGCCAGAAAAUCUGUCAUGUACAUCACUUGUAGAAGCUUCAGGAGAAUAUGGACCUCAAGCCUCAACAUUUAGUUUUUUUUCUUCUCCUCCUGAAAUACUAAUCCCAAAGACCUCAUCCACUCCCAAAACAAAUAAUGCCAUUUUACCUUCUUGUGAGAUAAAAACUGGAUACAACAAAACAGAACAGAUUCCAAUUACUUCUUCAGAAAACAGUACUGUGGGUUUGUCUAACACAGAUGUUGCUUCUACCUGGACUGAAAAUUAUGGACUACAAGAAAAGAUCUCCCUAAAUCCCUCUGUUCGCUUUAAGGCAGAGAAACUGGAAAUGGCUCUAAAUUAUCUUGGUAUUCAGCCCACAAAGGAACAACACCAAGCCCUGAGACAGCAAGUACAAGCAGACUCAAAAGGGACAGUGUCUUUUGGAGAUUUUGUCCAGGUUGCCAGAAACUUGUUUUGCUUGCAGUUGGAUGACGUAAAUGUUGGUGCACAUGAAAUUUCCAAUAUAUUAGAUUCACAGCUUCUUCCUUGUGAUUCUUUAGAAGCAGAUGAAAUGGAAAGGCUCAAGCGUGAAAGAGAUGAUGCCUUUAAAGAAGUAAAUACACUUAAGGAAAAAUUAUUGGAAUCAGAUAAGCAAAGGAAACAAUUGACAGAAGAGCUCCAGAAUGUGAAGCAAGAAGCAAAAGCUGCAGUUGAAGAAACAAGAGCCCUGCGUAGUCGGAUUCAUCUUGCUGAAGCUGCGCAGAGACAGGCACAUGGAAUGGAAAUGGACUAUGAAGAAGUGAUCCGUCUGUUAGAGGCCAAGAUUACAGAGUUAAAGGCUCAGCUUGCUGAUUAUUCUGACCAAAAUAAAGAAAGUGUUCAGGAUUUAAAAAAGAGAAUCAUGGUACUUGACUGCCAAUUACGAAAAUCAGAAAUGGCUCGAAAAACUUUUGAGGCAUCUACUGAAAAGCUUCUUCAUUUUGUAGAGGCAAUUCAAGAAGUAUUUUCUGAUAAUUCUACUCCUUUAUCAAAUUUAAGUGAAAGAAGAGCUGCGUUAGCUUGUCAGACUUCCCUCACACCGCUGGGAAGGAAUGGACGUAACAUCCCAGCAACGCUGGCGCUUGAGUCUAAGGAACUUGUUAAAUCUGUUCGUGCCUUACUUGAUAUGGAUUGUUUACCUUAUGGGUGGGAGGAAGCUUACACAGCAGAUGGAAUCAAGUACUUCAUCAAUCACGUAACACAGACUACAUCCUGGAUCCAUCCCGUGAUGAGUGUCCUGAAUCUGUCUCGCUCAGAGGAGAAUGAAGCGGAUUUCUCUAGAGAACUCCCCAACCAGAGAAGUUGAUGGUUUUCCUUAGGAAGUGGAGCUACAUGGAUGACGUGAGCAGAGACACAUAACAUUCAAUUCUGAGAUGCGACAGUCUAAAAUAGAAGUAAAGCAUGCACUACUUGUUGAAGUGUGAAAUGGAGAUCUGGACUUUGGGUAUUUUUGUAAAACUUUUGAUAUUCCUGUAUACAUUUAAAAAAUCAAUUGCCACUACAGUAGUUCCUUAAGAAUAAUCUAGUCAUAUUUUUUGAAAUCACAUAUAAUUAGACUUUAUAAUAUAUAUACUUUUUCAUAUCUAAUUAGAUCUGUCUUUGUAAUUUCAUAUGUAGUUCUUCACAGGGUCUCAGAUACAAUGGUUUUUAUAACUGACAUAUAGAAAAAGUGUAUGAACAUAAUGAAACACCUCAUUUAUUUGAUAAUUCACUAACCUUUUAUAUUCACAUAUUAGGACAGUGAUCUUAGCAAGCUUUUUGGAAUUUAAGGGUCACAUUUAGACAUCUCGUGGGCUAAUGAAUACAGCUUAUAUCUUUGUUAGCUUUCUAAUUUACAAAAUGCUUUGCAGACCUCAUUUUCUUUAAACCAUACGACAUGCCUGUGAAGCUGAUCUGGUGGGUAUGUUUAUUCUUGGUUUUCAGUAGGGAAAUAGCAGUUCAGAGAGAGGAAGCUCCCUGUCCCAGCACCAAGACUCACUCCUAAGUCUUCUGAUUCCAUGUCCAGUCCCCCUUCCCCCACACCCUGCUGUCCCCACAGAGGGAGGUCACAGCCCAUCACGCAGGACACGGUGAUUGUGUUGAUGCAGCUGGCUCCACAGCUGUGCAUUCCACAGAGAUUCAGAAGGCACCUCUUCAGUCGAACAUGGCCCCUCUAUAACCCCACUAUUCUUCUCCUAUAAACCCUUCCCCCUUCUCUGCACCCAAGCCUUCGACAAGUAGGCGCACUGUUUGUGAUAUUGUUUCAACAGACUUCUUUCAGCAGCUCGUGUUUUUCUAAAGUGAAAGGCGUGGUUUGUCCUGCUUGGGUUGCCCUUCCCAGAGGGAUGGUUUGAGGGGAGCUGAUGAGAAGAGAGGUAUCUGUUAAAACAUUGCUGCUCUACUCGAAACAAGAUGGAAGCCUACAGCCCAAGUCAAGCAGCCCCCAGCACUGCUGUGCAAUCCUAGAAGUCCUUAAAACAUAGUCUAAGAGCCAUUCAUUGUAACCAUUUUAUAGAUGAGUAAACUGAGAUCCUAAGUCUCCUAGUCUACCGAAUUUCAUAUGGUGUAUAAUACAGAUUUAUAUGGUAAAGAUAUAUAUACAUUGUGCUCAACUAUACAUUCCUGAAUACAUUUAGGAUGUAUGAUUUAUGUCUUGAGUAAUAAUAUAAAGUCAACUCCAGACUGAUAGGUAGUCAUUAGCCAUGAGAAAUGUUUCAGGAUGGCUAGAGAAGACUUGUGUUUUGCCUGACAGCCAUUUGAAUGUUAGGAAGCUCCGGGAAGACAAGUUUUGAGAGAAGCCCCAGAGGGAGCUAUUUCCUUGCACUGCCCCCCCCCCCAAAGGUGAAUGAGGUAUUCUGUAGGUUAGUGUCUAUAAUUGUGAAAGUACAAACUUUUUGUUUUUGUCAGAUUAAUAGUAUGAAAUAUCUCUCCCCCUGCUUGGAGAGUUUUCUAAUUUGUUUCUAGUGAGCAAAACAAAGAAGGUGCUUGAGUCACCUGAAAUCAAAGUACUCAGUCACACAGCCCACCGACAGUGAUACCUCAUCCUUUAACUGCUGUUUUGUACUACUUGCCUCCCUGUUUCUGUCAAAUACCCAGUGAAAAAGGCCUAGACAAGUGUAAUGAUAUUAUUUAUUGAGCAUUUUGUGUCAGACAUGGUGAUGAGCAGUUUGCAUAUAUUUAUUUAUGAUCUUCUUAAAACCAUUCCAUGAAAUAGGAACUGUAAUUAUCCCCAUUUCUAAAAGAAAAAACUUAGGUUUAGAGAGUUAGUAAUCUUUGCCUAAGGGUCACAAAGCACCUAUGUGUAGAAGCUAGGGUUCAAGUCAGAUCUGUGAUUCCAGAACCUAUUCUCUAAACCACUAUGCAGAACUGCUGAGAUUCAUUGUCUAUGGGUACAAUUUAUAAAAAGGCAUAUUCUAGUUCAAUGCCAUAAGGAACUUUCUAGUAGUUAAAGCUGAUAAGAAAAGCAUUUCCCAGGAGAAAAUGAAAGCAUUGUCCCAGCAGGUUUCAGUCAAUCUGAAUUCCUUACGUGGGGAAUGUUGCUGAGGAAGUUCAGUGUGUGAAUGGACUGGACCAGUUGGCCACUCUCUCAGAUUCCCUCUUCAUAAAACUUGCGUGAUCUCUAAACCAUCAGGUCAAUGCCAUAAGGAAUGUUCAAAAAAACAUGGUCAGGGCUUAGCAAGAAUCCUUUUCCAGUGCAAACAGGACCCUCACAUUAUGUUUUGAUGAGUAGCCAGUCUUUCUUUAACAUAAAUCAACCAUAGCAACGUGGUCAUCAUGAAGUCUUCAUUGACUCACUGGCUUGGAUUUUAGGGUUAGAAAAUCUGAAUGUUCUUACGUCCUUCCAUCUCACUUACUAGAGUGCCCAGGUUGAGUCAUCCUUACUCACUCAUUCCCUCAAAAUAUUUAUUGAGCACCAACAAUGUCACAAGCACCCUGCUAAGCACUAUGGUGAAGUAGAACAAUUGUUGAUCAUUUCCUGGGUUCCACUUACUCUUGAUUUUAAAAAACAACAACAAAAAAGUUUUUAUGUGGCCAGAACUAAACAGCUUCUUCUUAAUAUUUGAAUUUUAAAACUAAUCUAUUUUCUUUUUAAAAAACCAAGUACUAUGGAAGAGAAUAAAGAGAUAGCCCAUCUCACCUUCGAGAGGUAGCAGUCACUAAUACUGUGGUAAGUGAUUUUACUCAAAGGAGAUCACACUAUUAAGCAGCUUGUUUUUGAUGUGUUAAUGUUGUGGUCAUCUUUUCAUGUCAAUACAUAGAUUAAUCUUUUAUUUCAAAUAUCUACACAAAAUAUCACUACCCACAUAACCCAUAAUUUGUGUGGCCAGCAAUUUAUUGCACGCUAAAAUGUUUUAAGUUUUCUUAUUACCAACAAUGUCACAGUGAACAUUUAUAUAUUCAUUACGUCCUUUUCCUCAUAUAGCUUUGCACUCUUGUGCUAGUAUGUCUAUAGUGUGAAUACAUUCCUAAAUUUCUUGAUCAAAGCUAGGUCAAAGUUACAUUCAUUUUAAUUUUGGUAUAUAUUCAUAAAUUCUCCUCCAUAAAAGUAGGACCAGCUUACAUUACCACCAAUAGUGUAUGUGAGCCUUUUUUUUUAAUGUAUGAUAGGACUUUUUUUUAGUCCAAAGGUUCCUAUAGAUUUUCUGGUUUUUUUGUUUGUUUUUUGUUUUUGUCCUUGGAAGAAUAACCUUCCUUCCACCAAGUCCAAAAACCUGAGAUUUUGAAUCAUUAGGUUUUAGAUUUCCUUUAGCAGCAGAGACUGACUUGCUAUACAGAGGGAACUCUAGCAGUGACUAAUUCACUAUAUGUCAAACACAUCAUUACUCUUCUCUUCCUACUUUACAUGUAAUGGUGGUGAGGACCAACUUUUAAAUGAGCUAACUUGGGUGAGAAUGUUCAGUAAAGUACCAAGCACAAUACAAAUGCAUCUUCCAGUUCUUUGGGCCUCAGUUUCCCUAUCUGAAUAAUAAGGAUAGUAAUCCCUUGCCUUUUCCCAAACCAGUUCAACUCAGCAAACACUUCCUGAGCACCUACUACAUGCCUGGCAAAAUGUGAAAUUUGUAUGCUAUGAGGCUAAAUGGUACUGAUUCUCAAAACAAGGAGCUCACAGUCCAAAACCAUUUUUCUUUCUUUUUUUUUUCCCCUAAAAAACCUUUUAAAGGGGUAAGAAGUUAGGGGGUUGUUUAUUAAGAACCCCUGAAGAGCAACCCUUUAUCACUCUCUUAAAUUUGAAUAAUUCCAAAAUAAUAUUAACAGCUCUUGACUGGAAAAGGAAAAAAAGGAAGAUGCCGUAUGAAGAGCCUCUCCAAUAAUAAAUGCAAAGCAGCUGUCAAAAUAUAGAGUCAAAUGAUACUUUCAUAAAGUGUUUGAACAAUCAGAAAAUGUUAUCCUUUUUCUCGGGAGAAAUGGGACAUUUUUAUUUUCUCUGCUAACUGAAAUGCAACUUUUUGAAGAAUCAACAUGCUUGACAUUUUUACAAUGGACGUAAAGAACUGAACUAUUAUUAAAACAACUUACACACUCUAUUGCAUAUAACUUUUGAGAAAAUGAAAAGAACCUUAAACAGAAUAUGCCUGUGGAGCUUCACUUUAGGAAUGAAAUACCCAAGGUGUUUUAACUACAACUGUCUACAUGUAAUAGUGUGUCUGCAUAAUGAUUUUGUAAAUAUUAACUACAAUUCUGUGUUUGCUUUCUUGAUAUGACUUUUUACAUUUAAACUUAUACUGUUUCUGUCUACUUUUUUCAAAAAUUCAAUUUUUACUUUUGGGGGUUGGGCUGUUCUGAGGGAAAGGGCAAUCAGAUCAAUAGUUCUGUCCCCCAUUCCAUUCCCCCAUCAUCCAAUUAUUCUCUGUAUUACUCUACCCUGUUUAUUUCUUUUACAUUAUCAGUUUUCCCUAAUCUUGUUUUGUUGUUUCCUUCCUCAAUAAUGGGAGUAAUAAUGGGAGUCAGCUUCAUGAGGGCAGGGAUUUUGUCUUUUUGUAUUCAUUUACUCACUUACACACUUACUGAGAGCUACUAGAUGCCAGACACUUCACUGAGUAGUAGGGAUACAAUGUGAGAUAUAUGUGUUUCUAGCCCUGUGUAAUUCGUAUUCUAUGCAAAGGCUAUACAAUUGAAAUUAACCAAAACUUUUUCCAUUUAUUUUCUUUCUCCCCAUUCUUUAUCAGAUAUUUGAACUACUGGGCCGUUUAAUAUUCAUUACGCUAAGAAAGGGUGUGAUAUCAGAAAGCAGGAAAAAGCAUGUUCUUUUGAGUUUCCAAAAUCUAGCUCCUUGGGGAACUAGAAAGGAUUUAUGAUUUAGGGCAAAGAUUUGAGAGCACAUAUGAUGAGGAAUAUGAGGCUUUCUUACUCAUUGUCUAGGAAAUAAUUCCCCUGGCUGUGAGGAGGAGAAAAAAGAACAAAAAUGUUGGUAGGGCUCAGAGAAAGGGACCUGGGCUUAACCUUCUGGACCAAGUUCCAGGGAGCAGCAAAACCUCAAUGACAUUUGUCCCCUAGAAUGGAAAUGACUAUGUGGUAUGUUUAGGUAGUGGGACCUUGGACAACCUCAAUGAGCUUCCUCCAGCCCAAUGUGGUCCAGACUGGAGGAUUAGAUUGAUUUCUGUGAGCCCCAAAGGAUCACAGGAGUAGCAGUAACACCUGCUGGACCUGAAUGAGGACUUUUCCAUUCAAUCCACAUGUUCUCUCAAUGGAAAUCAAUUCGGACAAUAACAUUAGAGCAUCUUAACCCAGAGUGCCUUAGCACUAGAUGAGCCUCUGCUGUGGUCUGAAUGUUUGUGCCCAGCCCUUAAUUUCAUAUAUUGAAACCUAACCCCCAAGGUACCAGUAUUAAGAGGUAGGGCUCUGGGGAAGUGAUUAGGUCAUGAGGCUCCAUCCUGGUGAAUGGGAUUAUUACCCUUAUGAAAGAGGCUUCAGGGAACCUGUUUGCCCCUUCUGCCUUGUGAGGAUGCAGCAAGAAGUCACCAUCUUUGAAGCAGAGAGCAAGCCCUCACCAGAAGCUAAAUCUGCUGGCACCUUGAUCUUACACUUUCCAGCCUCCAGAACUGUGAACAAUACAUUUAUAUUGUUUAUAAAUUACCCAGUCUAAGAUAUUUUGUUAUAGCAGCUCCUGAAUGGACUAAGACAGCCCACAGAGUUGAGCAGUGACCCCAAGGAAAGGAAAGAACUGCAAAUUGCCUGAGAUUAAUGUUGCUCGGAUCAUUUAUUCCCUAUUCCUGGUGUUUCUUUGUAGAGAGUGCUCCAUUAAAGUAACACUUUUGACCUGUC